AAAAACAAGCGAAACCCAGGUUCUCCCCGUAACUCUGCAGACGACUAUAUUCUUUACACAGAGCGAGUUCACCGUUUGGCCUCCAAUUUUUCUCCGUUCGAUUUCUAUUUUCGGAGGGCAAAGACGAUGGUAAUAGUGGGUCCUAUUUGAAUCUUUAAAAUCAGAUAUGUUGAAGCUAUUCGCGAGGAUUGCUGGGUACUUCAGCAAUCGGAAUCUGGUUGGGGUGGACAAAGCGGGCAACCGGUACUUCACCAGAAAGGAAGAGAUUGAUGGUAUCAUGAAAGAGAAAAGAUGGGUUGUGUUCUGGGGAGAGGAGGAUUCAACUUGUAUUCCAGUUGUGGAUAUUGAGAUACUAGGCAAGCUGAGGAUAAAACAGUCCCCAGUUGAAUGGAUAUGCUGGCUUAAUGGGCAGCGCAAAAUAGCUCCAACACCUGAGGAAAUUUUGGAACUGGAAGCUAGGCGUGAACGAGUUCGGCAAAAUGUUGCUCGUCUCAAGAAAGAAGAGGAGGAAAAGAGAGCCAAAGAAGGGAAUGCUUGCAAAACCAGCAUCAGUGGUAAAGUUGGAGGUCCAGACUUGAAAAGUUUCAUUCGGCAAUUUCCAGAUGCAUCAGAAGGUGGCAAAGUCAAGGAAGCUUCUGAUGCAAUGGAUGGCACGAGGAACUCUAAAGAGAGGGCGACGGAGAAAGCAGAAACAGAGCCAGAGUCUUCGGAACCUACUGGAUCUGGCGCGUCGUUUAGGCCAGGGACAUGGCAACCUCCAUCAUGAAUGAUGAUCUCAUGUUCAGGGCUCGCCAACACAAAAUUGCGUGGUCCAAGCCAUAAUACUUUUGUUCCAUGGAGUUAAUGUUUUUGGCACACUGCUCCAUCUAUGUUCUUUAAAUCAGUCUUCUCUAAAAUUUAGGUAGUUUUUGUGUGCAACACUGCUAGUGAAAUUAUGCUUUGAAUUUCUCUCUUCAACAUUCAAAUGAGUAUGUUUUCCCCCAACCAGAAAUUACAGUUUAUUGAGCGUUACUAAAGUUCCUUGCCAGAUGUGAUUCUUUCUGCAGAUAUGUUGGAGAAUAGUAAUAAAGAACUUUUUCCCUU